UUUUUCAGACUUUUUUCAGGGGACUUUUGUUUACAGCGGAGGAAUACCGUUACUCCAGGCCGGUCCGCCUGUGCCGAUCCUCUUUCCUGCCUGCUGUUCAUCAUGACUAAGAAGAGAAGGAACAACGGACGUGCCAAGAAGGGCCGUGGACAUGUCCAGCCCAUCCGCUGCACUAACUGUGCUCGGUGUGUGCCCAAGGACAAGGCCAUCAAGAAAUUUGUCAUUAGGAACAUUGUUGAAGCAGCAGCUGUGAGGGACAUCUCAGAGGCUAGUGUAUUUGACUCUUAUGUGCUGCCCAAGCUCUAUGUGAAGCUUCAUUAUUGUGUGAGCUGUGCUAUCCACAGUAAGGUGGUGAGGAACCGUUCUCGUGAGGCUCGCAAGGACCGCACACCACCUCCACGAUUUAGACCUAGUGGUGCUGCUCCCAGAGCUCCUCCUAAACCUAUGUAAACAAUUCAUCAAAUAAUGUCCAUUCUGUACAAAAAAUGAAAUAAAACUGAAUAUAUGAAAAUGUUGUGUGAGUAGCAGGUGUGAAGAUACAUUUGAACAGCCACAUGGUUAUGGUUAUGAUUGGUUAUGAGUGUUGCAGAUUUGUUCUGAGGAGACAGGAUUAACAGAACUAUGUAUUUGUAUACAUGGAGUAUUCAUCUUUUUUUAUGAUUAUUAUAAGAAAUUUGUCAUUGGAUAUCCUUAUGCUUUAAUAAACAUAUAGGUAAUCAGUAAAGCUACAAAUAGUGUCCUAGGAUGUUCUUCACAAAUAUUUUUGAUAAACCUAGAUCAGAUUCGCAUAUUAAGAUUCAAAAUAACGAGUCAAAUUGGGUCAUAUAUGAUCACACUUUCUAACACUGUCCUGUGAUGCUCUUGUCACCUCCUGGCCUUGUCUCAUGUCUCUGUGUGUGUUCCACGUGACCUGUGCCCCUGUGUUCUGUCUCAGUACUUUUCCACCUGUGUCAAUUUGUAGCUCCGCCCCCUAGCCCCAGGUGUUUCCACUUCCCUUGUGUGCUAUAAAGCCUUCCUUUGUCACUUGUCCUUCGUCGGUCUUUGCACCAACUCCUGUUGUCUGUCUCUCCGUGUUUCUGUGUUGCUAUAGCCCUAGUUCCGUGUUAAUUCCUUGUUUGUUUCCCUUGCUCCUUAUUCCGUGUUUUUCUCUGUUUAUUUCUAGUUCCCUGUUUAUAUCCAUUGUUUUCUUCCUUGCCCUGCUUUGUUUAGUUUUUCCUUGUCUAGUUUAGCUUCUUGUUUAUUUUCUUGCAUAUAUUUAUCCCUGCCCUGGUUAGCUUAGUAUUUAUUCUGGUCCUCAUUUGUUAGUUUUUAGUUUCUUGUUUAUUCUUUUUUCCUUGUUUAUGUUCUUAGCUCUGUUUAGUUUCUCUUUAUUAGCCUCACUGUUUGUUUGUUAGUUUUAUCUCACCUCCGUUUCUUGUUUAUUUCUUGUUUACUUGUUUCUUUUGUUUACCGUUGUUAUUUAUUUAAUAAAUUAUUUAUUUCGCCCUUACCUGCACUUGCGUCUGUCUCCUCGUCCCCCUGCCUGGGUCAUUUCAUGACAGCUCUCAAGUUGAUUCAUGAGUUAAAACGUUGGACAGAGUGCUUAAGGUCUAAGGCACAUACUUGAACAUGGACUCUUUUGGGUAAAAUUAAAAGCGAACGGUACUUUGCGCACUUGUUACACUUACUCAUAUAUUUUCCAUUUACUGAUGCCGGACCAGCAGUAGAUCACCACCUCUCAGAGCAGUCUUUUACCAUCUGGCACCUCCCUUCUUACAUAAAAGCCUUAAAAAUGCUGAGUGUCACUAAGUCUCGCUGAUCCUAUUUGUGAGGUGUCUGUUCCUAAUCUUAUCUCAGACUUUCAGAUACACAGAUGCUCAUUUUGAAUUGACUGGCCAUGAUGAGCUGACAGAAUACAGAGGACAUAGUCAAACUGAUCAGCUUGUUCCUGCGUCUGUUCAAGCAAAUCGAUCUCUCACUAAAGAUUUCCAACCUCAAGUGGAAGAACAGCAAGAGGAGGAAGAGCUGAACCUGCUGACAAAUGCGUCAGGACUAGCAGUGGAGGAAGAGCAACACAAGAACAUUUCAGCUGCUGGCUUGCUAAAGGAGCUGUUCACUAAAAUGGCAGAUCAUGAUGAAGCCACAGAGGAAAGGGAGAUGGAAGAGGCACAGGAGUUCCAGAAUGAAGAAGAGGCGCUGCUGCAUUUUGGUCGGUACAGUGAAUCCCGAGCUGCCCUGCCCUGGGAACAGAGAACAUUCAAAGAAAAAGUGAUGCAUCACCUUGAUCGGAUGUUUCUGGUGUUCCUUGCUGUUUUUUUUGUGAUUUUGAUUUCAGAAGGUAUCUAUAAAUUCUGGUAUGUUACCAACUGGAAGAAGAUCAUGGAUUUUGUUCUGGACUCUGUGUCCUUCUUGUUCACACAAGAAAAGGAGGAGAAGUUGUUUGAACUGUAAUGGCCUUUUGGAUGUUGCAUAAGCGUAUUAGGGUAGGCUUGUCUAAUGGACAUCACCAGACAUACAGGUGUAGUUUUUGUACUGUCUGUUUUUGUUUUUGGUUUAAAUUGUGUCAGUAACUAAAAAAAAAUGUUUUUGUUAUCACCAUAACUUAAAUGUAAUAAUAAAUUGUUAAUGCUGAGAA